AUGAAAGUAGUAAUUAUUUUAAGUGUCGUAGCCUGUUGUUGGGGACAAAGGAGUGAGGAAAGUGCUAAAACAGUGCGUGAAAUCAGCGACAUCAAUCCAGACGGGUCUUUUAAUUACGCUUUCGAGACGGAGAAUCAAAUAUUUGCCGAAGCACAAGGUUUUUUGAAAGAUGGAGAUCAGCAGGUUAUACAGGGACAGUAUCAGUUUACAUCUCCCGAAGGUCAGGUCAUCAGAUUGGCGUAUGUUGCUGAUGAGAAUGGGUUUCAACCCCAGGGAGAGCAUCUGCCGACGCCUCCACCCAUUCCCCCAGCCAUUCAAAGGGCACUGGAUUACUUAGCUACCUUACCACCAAAAUGA